AUGGUGGACGGGGUGGUGGUGGCUGGCAGUAGUGAAUGGACGAAAGUAGUUAAAGAGCGAUGAGGCUUGUUCUCUCCCUAAUUGAGAAUCAAUAGGUAAGCCUAGGUGGUGGCAAUUGUUGGUUGUUUUUCUCUUCUUUUCAUUGGGUCAAAGCUUGUGUUCCAAAUGGCACCCUAUUCCCUAUAUGUUGCCUUUAUGGUCCCUUUAAUUCACUAUAAAGGGAAUAGGGUGCCAUUUGGGAUGUAGCCAAAGUGAACUGGCAGCCCACCCUGCCCUGGUUUUGAAAGCUCUCAAAUAGCACACUAAGAGCUAGUCAAGUGGGUUUCGUUUAUACUAACAAGGGUGAUGUCGCAGCAAGACAGGAUCUAGGCCCAGUUCUCUUACCACCAUUUACUGUCCUCUCCUGUCUCCCUCAUCUUCUGUUCCCUAUUUGCCAACAGCAGGGUGUGAGCAGGAGCACUAGCAAUAAAGCCUGUCUUUGUGUUUCCUAAUUGACUACAAGGAACAGGGAAAUUACGCAUUACGCUACCACUAGAGACGAAGACAUUGGUUGAGUCCCAAAUGGUACCCUAUUCCCUAUCUGGUCAAAAGUAGUGCACUAUAGGGAAUAGUGUACCAUUUGGGACUCAUCAAUACUCUUUUAAAGAUAUCCAAGGCAAAUGCUUUUUUAUUGACAUUCAAGGCAAACGGUAGCUUUGAACAUGGCAGUUAGUGCUGAGCGAUUAGUGCUUUUUGAGGUUGGUUCGAUUAUAAAAAAAGUAAUCACGGUUUUCAAUUUCAGUAUAAUUUUUUUUGGGACAUUAAAUGCACUAUGGAUUAUUUACAUUUACAUUUUUACAUUUUAAUCAUUUAGCACACGCUCUUAUCCAGUGACUUACAGUUAGUGAGUGCAUACAUUAUGUGGGUUGAAUGAUGUAACAACAGAAUAAAACAAUGAAUCAAAGUCCCAUGAAGGUAGUGACUACCCAUUACUGCUUAUUAACCAUGAUUUAUUCACAUUACUUUAUUAUUUCAUUACAAGUCAUCAUCUCAUCUCUAUGCUAUGCUGUCUGACAAAAUCAAAAUAUAGUAGUUCUUCAAAGUAAAUAAGGCAUACUUUUAUGACUGCAGAAUAACAACUAUCAAUCACUUAGAUUAUGUAUUUUCAGGGAGGGAUACCUCGCGAAGCAACUGCUCUCUAUCCCUCUCCAUCGUGCCUUCUCUAUUCUUUUCGUAUCCGUGUCUGCUCCACACAGAACGGACAAGUAGGCAGACGCACAAUGGAUUAUGGUCAUUGUAGUUGAUAACCAUGUUUUCGGCGCUAAACUAUGUAGAAUAUUGGCCUGUUGGAAACUACUACAUCGCACAGUUCGGGCUUGAUCUGAUUUAUCGCUACAGAAACUGCUCAUCAAGCUCACAGAAACAAAAAUAACAAAAUGGAAUUCAAAUAAUUGAACUGACGUCGGUCAAUGAGUUGUUUAAAAAACGAAAAAUAACUGACAUUUCGGUUAAUCGCUCAGCACUAAUGGCAAUAGCUUUUAACGUUGCUCGCUUGGUUAGGCUAUGCUUUCUAUGCACACUGCUGUCAUAAAAUCCUGUUAUUUGCAGUGAUGCUAAUUCAGAAAGAUGGCACGCUGCAGGGUUCUGACCGUCUCACCCCAACCCACUCUCCCUCUCUCCCCUACUUCCCUCUCUCUCCUUGUCUUCCUCCUCUCUUCUCUACUCUUUCCUCCCCCUCUUCACCCCACCCCCACCUCUCUUUUGACUCUCCCCUCUCACUGUCUCGCCGCUUCUACCUCCACCCUCUCUCCCUGCCUCCCUCUCUCUCUUCCUUCCCCUCUCUCCCUGCCUCCCCUACCCCCUCUCCCCCAGCUCCUGGGCCUGUGUGUGCUGUGCGUGGGGGUGUACGCGGAGGUGGAACGCCAGAAUAACCGUACCCUGGCGGGGGUGUUCCUGGCCCCUGCUGUGGUGCUCAUCCUGCUGGGCCUGGUGAUGUUCACCGUCUCCCUGGUGGGCAUGGUGGGGUCCCUCAGGGACAACAAGACCCUGCUACACAUGGUGAGAGUGGGGAGGGAUGGAGCGGUGGGGAGACCCUGCUACACAUGGUGAGAGAGGGGAGGGAUGGAGCGGUGGGGAGAGGAGACCCUGCUACACAUGGUGAGAGAGGGGAGGGAUGGAGCGGUGGGGAGAGGAGACCCUGCUACACAUGGUGAGAGAGGGGAGGGAUGGAGCGGUGGGGAGAGGAGACCCUGCUACACAUGGUGAGAGGGGGGCGGGAGGAGGAAUGGAGAGGGAGAUGAGAGAGGGAGGAAAGGAGGCAGGGGGAAGGUAUGGAGGAGGAAGCACAUGGUGAGAGAGUAAAGGGAUGGGGAUGGAGGGGUAGAGAAGGGAGGAAAGGAGGGCGAGAGGGGGAGGAAAUGGUGGAGAAGAGUAGGGAUAGAGACAUAGGGAGGAGAAGAACCCCCUCACAUAGAGCGGGGUGGGAGAAAGGGAUGGAGAAGUUGAGGGGGUAGGGAGGGAGGAGGGGACUGACUGGGGGUAUGUCAGUAAGCCGUCAGUAAGCCUGAGGACGGUUGCCUAUCUCAGCCCAGCAAGCCACCUGCAGGCCAGUUUGUUCUCAAUCAAUUAUCUCUCCCUCCAAACUGGGAUAUACUCUCUGGUUUGUGUCAUGCUAAGUUCAUUCUAAGUACCCCCCCCCCCCCCUCUCUCUUCCGCUCUCUCUCCCCCCUUCCCCUCACGUCCUCUCUCGCUCACUAUUCAAUUCAAAGGGCUUUAUUGGCAUGGGAAACAUGCCAAAGCAAAUGGAAUAGACAAUAACCAAAAGGGAAUGAAAGAAGGGAAAUGAACAUCUCUUUUUCUCUCUCUCCUCUCCACCAGUUCUUGUGUGUUCUGUGUGUCCUACUGUUCCUGCAGACUGUGGCUCUCAUCGUUGCACUCAUCUUUGAGAAGAAGGUCAGUUCUCUAAUCUCUGGCACCUACACACAUGCAUGCACACACACAUACUUCAUAUGUAACAUGAUACAGCAGUGUCCCCUCUGGCAUAGCCUCCAGCCACGAUAAGAUCACAUCACAGCAGCAUUCAAUGUGAUGGAGGAUGACUUUCAUCGCUCAUCAUCCCCACCCCUCUCUCUCUACUCUUCCUCCUCUCUCUCUCUCUCCCUGUAGACAUCAGCCUUGUUCCAAAGCAGCAUACGAGAGGGAAUUAAACACUAUUACGAUGAUCUGGACUUCAAAAACAUCUUGGACUUUGUGCAACAGAAGGUAAGAUUUGUAAGUCGCUCUGGAUAAGAGCGUCUGCUAAAUGACGUACAUGUAAGAGAGGACUCGCUUUUCAUUAACAGAAGCAACAGACAGGAAAUAGUGACGUGGGUCUGGAUGUGUGUGUGUGUAUUGAAUGUAGGAUACACUGAGAUGGAUAGAGUAUGAUUGAUGACUGAAAAAACAACAGACUGAAGCCUGUCAUUAUUAAAUCCUCCCCCACUACACACACACAAACACGCUAGCUUUUGAGAGGUUGGCUAAUUUAGUAUUUUAUCUCUGCCAUUCAUCCUGGUUAAUUAAUCAGACGACAUUAUAAGCCUCACUGCUGCAGGCAUUCAGUUCUUUCAUUUUCCAUCAUUGUUCACACCUCUCAAAGCUUUCAUUUCCGUCUUUGUAACAAAUGGCACACACGAUUCCCUACAUAGUCUGCUACUUUUGACAGAGCCCUAUGAGGCCUGGUCAAAAGUAGUACUCUAUAUAGGGAAUAGGGUGCCAUUUGGGGAACAUUUGUUGUCAUUUGUACUGCUAUUAGGGUGCCUCUAUCUCAAUCACCAGCGGAGUACCAAGCUGUUGAGCUUCACAAAGAGAACAAAUACAAUAACAUUUACAUUUUAGUCAUUUAGCAGACGCUCUUAUCCAGAGCGACUUACAGUUAGUGAGUGCAUGCAUUUUUCAUACUGAAUAACAAGCUGCUGCUGCCACUAUAAUGAUACCAAAAUAUACCAAAAGCGUUGACCUGCUGUCGUUGCUCUACGUUGUCCCAGGGCUGCUAUCAACAUGCUAGGUUAUCCAUCUGAUUUCCUACAGCCAGGAGUUUUUAUUUGAGUGUCAGAAAGUCCUGGUUUACCUGGGCCCUCUCUGGCAAUCUCCACAUCGAUAUCCAUUUGCUGGGGGAAAUGGGUGUGAGAUUAAAGUCAAUGAAUGAAGCCAGCCCUGCCCUGGGUUGAAGGGAUAAGAAUGGGUGCUUCCCAAAUGGCUAUUAUCUACAGUGAGGGGAAAAAAGUAUUUGAUCCCCUGCUGAUUUUGUACGUUUGCCCACUGACAAAGAAAUUAUCCGUCUAUAAUUUUAAUGGUAGGUUUAUUUGAACAGUGAGAGACAGAAUAACAACAAAAAAAAUCCAGAAAAACGCAUGUAAGAAAUGUUAUAAAUUGAUUAGCAUUUUAAUGAGGGAAAUAAGUAUUUGACCCCCUCUCAAUCAGAAAGAUUUCUGGCUCCCAGGUGUCUUUUAUACAGGUAACGAGCUGAGAUUAGGAGCACACUCUUAAAGGGAGUGCUUCUAAUCUCAGCUUGUUACCUGUAUAAAAGACACCUGUCCACAGAAGCAAUCAAUCAAUCAGAUUCCAAACUCUCCACCAUGGCCAAGACCAAAGAGCUCUCCAAUGAUGUCAGGGACAAGAUUGUAGACCUACACAAGGCUGGAAUGGGCUACAAGACCAUCGCCAAGCAGCUUGGUGAGAAGGUGACAACAGUUGGUGCGAUUUCUCGCAAAUGGAAGAAACACAAAAUAACUGUCAAUCUCCCUCGGCCUGGGGCUCCAUGCAAGAUCUCACCUCGUGGAGUUGCAAUGAUCAUGAGAACGGUGAGGAAUCAGCCCAGAACUACACGGGAGGAUCUUGUCAAUGAUCUCAAGGCAGCUGGGACCAUAGUCACCAAGAAAACAAUUGGUAACACACUACGCCGUGAAGGACUGAUAUCCUGCAGCGCCCGCAAGGUCCCCCUGCUCAAGAAAGCACAUAAUGUCCUCAGGGAUCCAGUCCAAGGUGACAGGGGAGGUUCUGACCUGAGCAGGGAAGCAGUCACUCACUGGGAUUGUUUUCUCUGACUUCAUUAAGAUACAUGCUGCCUGUGUUUGGUGCUGUUUUAAGAUUGAUGUACCAGUUAACUUUAUCCUCUGAUUUAAACUAACUCUCUCUCUCUCUCUCUCUCUCUCUCUCUCUCUCUCUCUCUCUCUCUCUCUCUCUCUCUCUCUCUCUCUCUCUCUCUCUCUCACACAUUCUCUCUCUCUCUCUAUCUCUCUCACAUUCUCUCUCUCGGUUUCUCUUUCUCUCUCCCCCUCUUUCUGUAUCUAUCUCUUUCUCUCUGUUUCUUUUCCUCCCCAGUUCUCUUGUUGUGGUGGGGACGAGUACAAGGACUGGGGUGUCAAUCAAUACCAUUUCUGCAAUGGCACCGGGCCACUGGCCUGUGGCGUUCCUUAUACAUGUUGUGUCCGCCGCAAGGUGAAUGCUAUCAUCAACACGCACGCACACACUCAGUUGAUUUUUUAAAGCUCCGCUGGCACCAUGCUCCAGCUCCUCUGCCUGUCACCUGUUACCUAGACCGUCUCGUGUGUGUGUGUGUGUCAGGUAGGAACUGAUAACACAUCAACCUUAGCCAAUAUUAUACCUGCCCUCCCUAUCAUCUGCUCACAUCUCUGGGGAGACAUGUCUCUGUGGAUCUCAUUUAGUGCUCCUCCAGACACACACAAAACACUGAGCCUUGCAGGGGUAGUGAGAAGCAUCAGUGACCUGUAGCAAUAAGGGAUCUUCAUUUCAUUUAAACGAAGAUCAGUUCUGGGAAACUGAAGAAGUCUCUAAACCCCAAAUCAAUACUCUACUCUUUAAAUCAUACACUAAGACCCUGUUAUUUGUAAAGGUGAUCUUCACACCCAGAUGAAAUGGGGGUGAAUGUCAUUCUGCCACACAGAAUCACAUACCCAUCAGGGAGACCUUUCCUUGUGCUUUGAUGAGUAAGUUAACCAUGUCCUAGCUCCAACAACGUCUACUGUUCAUCUUUGGUGUUUGCGUGCACAGGUCAGAUAUUGUGAGAGACAGAGUAAGAAAGAAAGCCAAUCAGACCUCUAGCCAUGAGUUGAGUGAGUGACUGGAGGGAUCCAUGUUCUGCUCUCAGUACAGCCCUUCUCCACCUGCCUCAUGCUGCAUUACUAGGCAAUUAACGCUGGUUGAAUUGGUUACAGUGAAAUGUGUAGAGUCACUCAGGCACAGGAAGAGACCCCGAGGCCUUGGCGUCAGUUGAGGGAGUGGGAGCUAAUUAAAUCAAUUUACUGAACUCAUGAUUCAUUUUCUCGCUCCCUGUCUAACACACCCUCUUGCUCUCUCUCUCUCUGUUUCUCUCUCACUCCGUCUUUCUCUCUCUCUCUGCCUUGUCUGUUUGUCUUUCUGCUCUCUCUGUCUCUCGUCUUUCCCUCUUCCUCUGGUCUGUACCCACGCAGGGCAACUCCACAGCACCACCAAGCUAUAAACACUGAUUAGGGAAUGUCCAGCUCUCUGCCAUGUACUCCACAACGUGUGUGUGUGUGUGUGUGUGUCGGUGUCCUGCGUGCAUAAAUGUACUUUUAACAACAAGCAUACUUACUUGACUUCAAAAAAACAAAAUGAAUAAAUGUCCGUUCUUUGCACAUGACUUCAUAAUCGUAUUCUCUUCCUUUCACGUUUUUCCCAGGUGGGAGAGGUUGUCAACACUCUUUGUGGUUACAAGACUCUCAGCCAGCAGGUAAGGGGAAGAUAAGUGAUAUCCCAGUCCUAAUAGGCUGUGAAAUCUUUACCCCCUCCAUUUCCCCUCAGUGUGCUGCUUGUUUGUUGGCCUUCAUUAGUCUGUGGAGCUUGUCAUUCUGCACAGAGACAGAAGCUAUGUUUCAAAUGGCACCAUAUUCCAUAUAUGGUGCACUACUUUUGACCAGGGCCUGCAUAGGUUGUGCACUAUAUAGGGAAUAGGGUACCAUUUGGGAUGCAACACGGAAAAGAGCAGCAGCAGGAGAAUUGACUUUCAUGGCCCCAAAAUGUUUGUUCUCUAGCUGCUGCAUGCGGUAAAUAAGGUAAUUGGGUAUCACUGUAUUAUGGCUGCUGGUAUUGGAAUAUUGAUUCAGCUGUCUCUGUUUUCUGUCUUUGAGCUGUUCUUCAACAUAUUUUCUUUGAUACAGUUUUUUUUGGGGGAAUAGUUUAACAGAUUUUUAAAGGCAAAGUAUUAGUUUGACGUAAUAUAAUGUAUUUUCCCACUGUUUUUCUAUUAAUGUUAGCAUUGUAGUGCCUCAUCAUUGUGAAAUGACUGUCUUUGUUUUUGCCUUAAUGCGAUGUAUACAAACUGAAUUACAAUCAGUCAAAUGCAUUUCAUGUAGUCUCUCUCUCUUCCUCCCUCUCUCAUUCAUUCUGCCGGUCUCCUUUCUUUCUCUGUCAGCGUGAGCUCCUGGAUGAGGUGAUCCAUGUGCGAGGCUGUAUCCAUGCUGUCAACCUGUGGAUGGGUGACAACGUGGGAGCAACUAUCGGGCUAUGCUGUGCUAUAGGUCUGCCACAGGUCAGUCACAGACUCACACACUCGCUUGCGCCAGGUGAGAGAGUGUGUGGUGUGUAUUUAUUCACUCAGUCUUUCAUUUUUUACAUUUUAGUCAUUUAGCAGAUGCUCUUAUCCAGAGCAACUUACAUUAUUUUUUUAUUUUUCAUACUGGCCCCCCGUGGGAAUCGAACCCACAACCCUGGCGUUGCAAACGCCAUGCUCUACCAACUGAGCUGCAUCUCUGCCGGCCAUUCCCUCUCCUACCCUGGGCCAAUUGUGCGCCGCCCCAUGGGUCUCCCGGUCGCGGCCGGCUACGACAGAGCCUGGAUUCGAACCAGGAUCUCUAGUGGCACAGCCUUAGACCACUGCGCCACUCGGGAGACUAUCCCCGGGAGGUUUCUCCCAGCCCCAUUUGCAUUUUGAUUGCCUCCUAGCCAGUCUGUGUCUCUGUCCACUGCUUUAUUAGUAUUUUGUCUGCCUCACACACAGAACUAAACAAUGUCUGCGUUCCAAAUGGCACACUAUCCCCCUAUAUAGUGCACUACUUUUGACCAGGGCCCAUAGGGAAUAGGGUGCCAUUUGGAACACGCACAAUGUGAUGUGAAUGGUGUCUGUAGUAAGCACUCCCCCUGAUGUACAUUUGGGCUUAGCUAGGCAACCCUCUCCCUGCACUGUUGGCAACAUGGCCUAGCCUACAUGUAGCUUAGCCAGUUUACACUUCAUGAUACAGUACCUCUAACGUUAAUGCUUUCAUAACCAACAAGGAGCUGGAUGAUUUUAUUGUGUUCAACUCAAUUUGAAUAAAUCAGAGUUUUUUGUUUACUCUUAUUAUCUAUUCACUUUGAUUCAUUUUUAGUUCUAGUUUAGAGCGUUCGUCUGUCUGCCUCGCACUUCUUUUGUCUCCCCCACCCUAUCUCACUUCUUUUGUCUCCCCCACCCUAUCGCACUUCUUUUGUCUCCCCCACCCUAUCGCACUUCUUUUGUCUCCCCCACCCUAUCGCACUUCUUUUUACUUUUAUCCUCUCUCUAUUCCUGGCCUCCUGUGCUGUGAAAGUUUUGCAGCCAGACUUCUAUGCGAGCCCCCUUGGAGAUGUGUAAUUACACCAUACUGAUUCUGCAGCAGCUGCACUAUUAGAUGAUUAGCCUAAUCUUUGGGGAUGAGGUGCAAUACAGACAGUACACCAGGGUUCACUAGACCACAAACUGUCUGCAGAAAACGUUCUCAUACUGAAAAGGAAACUGAGGGUUCUUAUCAGGCAAGCUCAGCUGGGAACUAGUUAAUUUCAAAGCACUUGGGAAUGGACAGCUGCACACUCAAGUUGGCUUGCCCAGGCAUUGCCCACCUUGGGACCAAAGUAAGAUAUUACUUAAUUGAAAAGUUGGAUGUGUGUAUGCCUCUGCAACUUUUGUGGUGUCAGGUACAUACAAGCACAUUAAACACACACGACAGUGCAUUCUAUUUAAAUACAUAGUUACAUGGUCUAAACUGGUUUCUAUGCGGUGGUCCUUGAAUAUCCAUCUGGAAUAUUUCCCCCUGGCUGUGGGUACCAGUUCCUAUGGGCCCUGGUCAAAACUAUAUAGGGAAUAGGGUGUCAGAGUUCGAUCCCCAGCCGAGUCACACCAAAGACUGUAAAAAUGGGACCCAAUGAAUCUCUGCUUGGCACUCAGCAUUAUGGAGACAGAUUGGGGGUAAGGCCAUGCGAUAGCCUAGGGUCCUGUCCAGGAGGUGUACUUGUACAUCAAGCUGCCUCACGCUACAGAACCAGAAGAUAGGCUCCUGCAAGGCUACUUCCAUCUCUGCUGUGUACCCUGUCUCUCUCUCCAGCCUGCAGAGCUGUGGGUACUAGUCCCAGUGUCCGAGUCGAAAUGUAACUGGUCUCUCUGCUGUGUUCGCUGUGUGUCUCUCCAGCUGAUGGGCAUCGUGCUGAGCUGUAUGUUCUGGAACCUGCUGGUGGAGAUGAAUGAGUCCAUGGACAUGGUGGACUUCAAGAUCCUCAAGAGGGCUGGCUUCGACUACAGCGAGCUGGACCUGGCUGGUGCUGGCUGCUGCCUGUGUCUACCCAGAGAUGGAGGCUACCUCCCCCUGCCAGCCUUAAACCCCAUCUUGUCUGACCCUGACCUAAAGCCCAUCCCCAUCCGGGUCCAGCGGCCCCUGCCCGUCCAGGUCCAUAGGCCCCUGGCCCAAUCACUCCAAGACCUCCAGCUAUCUGGGCUUAGACUGGACGAGGUAGACAUUGGGCGUAAGCAGAAUAAGCAGAAAAGAAGGGAAUAUUGAUUUUUGAAUUUCCUCUGAGUUGUUUUGUUAUUGUUUCGGUCACUCUGUUUGUUGAAGGACAGGUUAGACCUGUUGCACUAUUUGGUGAUCAAACCAAUCAAUGGUCAUUCACUGACAGGAUUACAGGUUAUAAUGCCCACGUUCCUAGCUGACUACAUUGAAGACGCAUGCCAGAUCUCAAAACGCCUGCAUAGGUGUUGAACAUAUCAGCUAACCACAUUAUAUGAUAUAGCAAUCUGAUGCCUGACUGUGCAGUUGAUGACGUGA